GAGAUGUGCAAAAUUCCAGACGCAGGACGAGGAAACGGUCGGCUUUUACAUUCUCCACCACCGGAAAGUGAAAGACACACAGGCGAUCUUCUCAAAUGAAGAAUCCGAAGCCGGCGACGCCAAGACCUCAACUCUCUAACACUCAUGAAGAAUGAGCCUUUUCCUCGAGAACUUCAUGUUGCAUCUUGGGCGGAAACAUGAGCCACACCUGCGAAAUCCAGGCAUCCAAUACGACAGUAGAUCUAGGUCCACUAGGGGGCCAUGAGCCUUGGGAAGUGGUUCUGAUCGUUCUUGUGACCGGCACGCUCUCGUUCAUCACCAUCUUGGGUAACCUGUUAGUGCUCGUCUCCUUCCGGCUCAACCGGCAACUAAGAACCAUCAGCAACUAUUAUCUCUUGAGUUUGGCAGUGGCUGAUUUAAUCCUAGGCACAGUCUCGAUGAACCUCUACACAGCCAACAUCAUAAUGGGUCGCUGGAUGUUGGGACAUCUAGCAUGCGAUCUCUGGCUAGCAUUAGACUAUGUAGCUAGCAAUGCUUCAGUCAUGAACCUCCUAGUAAUUAGCUUCGACAGGUACUUCUCUGUAACCCGACCGUUGACGUAUCGGGUCAAACGGACGCCCAGAAAAGCUGCGGUGUUGAUCACACUAGCGUGGGGGAUAUCGUUUGUACUAUGGGGCCCUGCGAUCUUGUUUUGGCCCCAUUCAAAAAGAACACUGAAGGACAAGGUGGACUGCUCGAUCCCGUUUCUAAAAGUGCCUUCUUUAACCUUUGGGACAGCCAUAGCGGCUUUCUACCUCCCUGUCAGCAUCAUGAUCAUUCUAUACUGGCGGAUUUACUGGGAGAUUGAGAACAGGGCAAAAGGGCUUGCCAAGUUCGUCGGGUCUGUCGGUAGCAGUCAGAGUAGCUCGGUGAAGAUAGCAAACAAGUGGUCCAACAGUACCCAAAGCAGUCUCAGAAGCUCCAUUGAGACACAUCCCAGAAAGGGUCCAGAGCUUGCUAGGAAAACAUCAGGUGGGUGCUUUCCAGCAAGACAAAAACAACUUCCUUUGGUUCCGGGAAAUCUACCCGUGCCGCCACCACCGAGUGAAAUCAAUUACAGGGAGGCAUGCAGCAGCAGCAGCUGGAACAUCGAAGAUGAGGAUGACGACGACGCUGCGACGUCUUCGACGAGCGAGGAAGAGCAAAAACAAGACCACAAAGCGGCGACGCCGUCCGCGUCAAAUCCCGCAGUGAUCAAGCUGAAGGAUCUGCAAGCGACAUCGGCGAGUCAGCAGGAAGUUCCAGCCAUCCAAGUUGCCGACCCGUUGUCCAGCCAACCCUCCAAACAUCUCCCACUCAAAAAGAACAGACAGCUGGACCUCGGCCUCCACAAGCAGCCCAAAACCAAAAGGCGAAUAAACAUCAUUCGAGAAAAGAAGGCGGCACGGACGUUGAGCGCCAUCUUAUUGGCUUUCAUCCUGACAUGGACGCCGUACAACAUCAUGGUCUUGGCUUCUAUUUCGUACUGCGUCCCGGAAAAGUUGUGGCAUCUGGGAUACUGGUUGUGCUACGUCAACAGCACGGUUAACCCCAUGUGCUACGCUCUCUGUAACGAGUCCUUCCGAGCCACUUUCAAAACGCUGCUACUGUGUCGCCGUGGAGACGCCAGAAAAUGGCAAACAAGUCACCGGAGCCAUCGGGCUUCCGCGAGGCCGAAUAAGUCAUGCAGCACAGUGUGAUGUGCAAACCGUGUCCCGUAUUUUACGCAACAACGUAUAGGAAACACGGAUGUAAAAAGAACUGGAGUUUUGCUUCUAAAGCCGUCCCAGACGGUCAGACGGUCCGUCUGAUUGAUUGGACAUCUGUAGACUUCCCUCAAGACUUUACAAAAGGCGUUAAACGUUUUUAAUCCACAGUAGAGCUUGUUCUGGAUCAUCGUUUGUAUAAUAAUAUUCCUCAGCCUCAACACGAGGAUCCGAUUCACUCAACAACAUUCUCUCAUUUUUGACUUUUUCGCCGGAUAUACACGACGUGGAACGUUUGGAUAUUUUUGGUGUUUUAUCGAAGCACUGCUAUGUUAUGUUAUGUUACGUUUUUCCAAAUCCGCGCCCAACUUCUUUCCUGCCCCAUCUUACAACAUAUCUGCCCUCAUGUCCUGCCUACCAAUCGAACGUCUCGGCCGUGUGCCGUUUCAAACAAGAGGGACGGGAAAAGAGGACUAAAAUAACAACCGCUCCCUGUGUUUCCUAUACACGGCCCCUUUGAACGACGCAGCCAGACUCCUCCACUGAGGGUUUUUUUCCGUCAGCGGUAUUACUCGGGCUAUGCUACGGAUCCUUCCUAGUUAUGAACUCGUGAGAUGAAUUACGAUACGAACACGAUUUAAGAACUUUACAGGAUUGUAAGUUAUGGCCAUGUUAUGCUUCAUAUUCAUGUAAAAGGCAUCUAAGAACUCAGUAAAGAGUCAUGAUCAAAAGAUCAGUGUUUACGUUCAAUGUCAAAGAAUUAACAAGCAUGAACAGAUUCGAUUAUAAAUGUGGGGCUGCGACAACUUAUCAUACAAAUCGAUAUAUAAUCGGAUUUUACAUUUAAAAAAUGGCGGAGGAAUUGAUUAUCCAUUAGCAAGCAUGCCGUGGCAGCACUACACUACACUACACUAGACUUCGUACCAAAUCAUUUAACUAUAACUAGUUAAACGAGUCGAUAAUCGCUACAUCAUGUCAUUUUCUUAAAAUCCCCAAAACAUACAUUUUGAAUAGAUACGAUACGGUCGAAAAGUUUGAACACUUGACCAUCACACACAUAUUGAGUGCUUGCUGAGCAUCCCGUUCUGGAUUUAUUAACCCUUUACUGUUAUUAUAAGCUCCACUCUUCCGGGAAUCCGCUAGAUUUCGGAGCGCAGCUGUGGGGAUGCGUGUUCAUUCAGAGCGUAAGACCAGGAAGUGAUGCUGGGAUGUCGAGGUCGUCUAGGGUGCAGUCGGUGUCCCCGUUCAUCCCAAAAGGUGUUCAGGGCUCUGUGUAGGACACUCGCGUUCUUCCACUCCAACCUUAACCCAUCACCGAGCUCGUUUUGUCACGCCUCUUGGAAAUCCUUCAAUUUCGCGAGUCCGAGGACGGCCCACACGUAUGUGUGUGUGACGCUAGUUUUCCUCGAGUGUGUACAAUC